AUGUCAGAUUCCACGCUCUACCUCUACACCUCGCUCACUGCGGGGUCCUCCCAUAUCAUCACCGCCACCUCGCGCUUGGAGACAAUUCUAAAGGCGAACAAGAUCCCAUUCCGCGCAAUUGAUGUUGCCACCGACGAUGCUGCCAGGAAACUUUGGGGUCGCCGGUCAAAGGGCAAGAAAUUGCCUGGGUUGGUUAAAUACGGAACUGUUGUUGGCGACCUCGAGCAAAUUGAAGAAUGGAACGAAUUUGGCGAAUUAAGGAUGCAAAUCAACAGUGUGCAAGACGACUUCGACAGCAUGGCUGCUACUAGCAACCCCCUGCCGCCGGCGGCGGAAUCAACCAGCACAACUGCUUCUGUACCCGCUCCCAAGGCCGAUUCGUCUGCCCCCAAGACGAGCACAAUAAAAAUCCAAGACCCGCCCGAGAAGGAAACUCAGAAAGAUGAUUCCAUCACUGUGGCGUUGCGUCAGGCGGGCGAGGAAGCCGCUGCCAAGGCCAAGGAGACUUCCUCUACUACUAAAUCUACCGCACCAGCAGCCGCUGCUGCAGAACCCCAGUCCUCGAAACCUGAAACUGACGCAGAACCAAAGGAAGGAGAUGGCGAGCAUACUGUACGUCGCAAGUCGGUCGCUCCUGAAAUCGCAGAGCCUGGAUCAAAACGGCCGCCUUUGGUGCCCGAGGUUGCUGCGGUGUCCUCUGCCAACUUUCGUGCUGAUAACGCUGAAGCUUUAGGGCUGAUCAACCAUCAUCGUAACUCAAACAUCGCCGCCGAGUCAAAGGAGGAGGCAGAGAACUUGGCCAAGGAUUUGCGCAAAUCCAUCUCCGGGGACCAGCACGGAGUCCUCGAGUCGCUGCGCGAGCAGAGGGCGACACGUCCAGUUCCAGACGCCACGGUUGAAGAUGCGUUGGAGGGCUGA